UCAAUGAGAAAUAACCACAAAGUCGCCAGAAAUCGUUUUGUUGCAAUUAGGCCUUUAAUUAUUAACGUGCAUUUUUACGGUAAAUUUAGUUUAUUCUCUACGUCGGUUUUCCCGUCUCAGUCACACUUACUUUGAACGGCAUCGCUCCAUCUCCGUUGGCUUUGGACGCCUAGUUCGACCUAAAAAUAGUUGUCAAGUGUCAACAAGCAAGAAACGGUUUUUUAAAGGGAAAAUGUGUUAAAGAAAGUAAAACCACGCUUCCUGGCUGGUUUUAUAGUGAAAAAGUGUGAACUUUAUUGAAAAUUGCGCCAAUUCGUGUUUGUUUCGUACUAGAAAUUGGAAAUCAAGUCGAACCCCAAGUCGUAGAUUUGCAUGGGAUUUAAUUAUUUAUCAAAGACGAGUAGAAAUGACUGAACGCUACUCGUUUGCUGUUGAUACGAGCGUCUGGACGCAAGACAACAUCGAUACGGUGCACUCGACCCUCACAGAUACCAUUAACGAGAGCUAUGCAACGGCCGUUGGAGACUCCCCAAGUCGGUAUUUGUCGGUCUUGGACACGAGCGGCGAAAUGUCGCUGGAAAACCUCAACAUCAACCUGACAAACCCCAAACUGGAGGUGGAGGAACCGGUGGAGAAUUUCAUUUCGGAGGAGAUUUUUGAGCAGCCCCAGGAGGAGUCAAACGACCAACAAGUCGUAGUCUUUUCAAUUGAGGGCUCUGACGAGCUGUUCGGCAUCCAGGUGGCGCAGGACGAGGAGGGGAAUUUGCAGAAAUACCAAUUCCAGUUUCGGAAAAAUGAGGAGGGGCAACUUGAGGCAAUCCCUGAGACCAUCCAACUGCUCCCGAUGGAGGAGGAGCAGGAGGGCGGCGAACAAGGGGAGGACAACGUGCAGUUGUUCCUCCAAGAGGAGGAACACAACGAACACAUUUUACCAGACAAUACUCUGGUGCAUGAGCAAGAGGACGACUCCAUGUUGUACGAAAAUGAGGAACCCGUUGAUAUUAAACCCGCCAUCUUGUCGCUUCAAAAUAUCAAACAAGAGAGCCAAUCAGAGUACGAGAUCGCGGAACCAAUCAGUGAAGAGUCUCCUGAGCAACAAGUCGACUAUGAAACACCUCCAGAGCCCACUCAGGAAGAAGGAACGAUUUUAUCCGAUACCAAAGUUUUCGAACACGUGGAAGUACGACCUGACAUGGAAAUAACCCACCACGAACCACCGGAAGAAAUCGAAGAUUUCAACAAUGAAAACGUGAACGAUUCGGACGAAAACGAUUACCAGAUCGUAGAAGGCGUGCACAUAACCGGUGACGUUGAACCAAAUGAAAUGGACAAACAAAACACCAUCCCCAGCACAAAUAUCCUAAAACACGUCGUGAAAUCGACCAAGGACGCACAUAAACAAAAAAAAGACAACAAGUUGUUUUUCUACGUUGUCCAACACCCGGAAAAGGAAAACGUCGAUUCUUUGUCGCUAGAAAUGUCGAAUUUGCUGUGCCGGCCUAAGGUCAAUCCGAGGUCAAUUUUGAAGAGUUCGCAUGCGAUGUUUCAAGCGAAAAAUGAAAUGGAGAAUGUCGAGCAGGAGGAUGAGAGAUUUAAUAAGCGAUUUGCGAGGUGUAAGGAGGCGAUGCAAGCGAGAAUUUUUAAUAAUUUUAUUAAUAAAACAACAAUACCACAAGCGCCCGUCCGGCAAUCACGUCUGCCCAGAAAACAGAAAAUUAAACCUUUGGAAAGGAUGGAUGAGGAGAUUGUGGUCCAGGAAGUGAUGGUGUCGUCGACUGGAUUCGUAGACACGGCUUCUGGAGGUGUCAAUAAAGAGAACUUCGAAGUGACCGAAUACGUCGAACUGACGGAUUCGGACGACGACUACGACCCGAAAAAAGUCAUCCGAAAAAAGAAGAAACACCGAAGGAGGAAAAUCGAGAUUACGAUAAGCGACGACAGUGACGCUUCGCACGACAGCGUCAUCGAAUUGGACGAAACCGACGACGAAGAACCGAAAAGUCCCGACGCCCCCAAGCGACGACGUGGUCGUCCCCCCAAAAAAUCCCGUGUGGAAUCGAACGACAUAGCUUCAAAACCCGAAAUUCCCUGUCCAAAAUGCGAAAAAACCUUCCCUAGUCAAAACAGCCUCAAGACACACCUCCAACACCAUAAUCUUCAAAGUUCGAUCAAAAACGCGUUACCUGAAUCGAAGUACAAAUGCGACGAUUGCGCCAUCUCUUUCAAAAACAGUAUCCUGUUGAAGAACCACAAGUGUUUGAAAAAGUUCACUUGUCCGGUUUGUAAAAAGAAAUUUCCUGAUAUGUCGAGUCUGACCGGUCAUAAGCGAGUCCAUGCGAAAGAGCAACUUGUUAAAAGUACAGCCGUUGUGCGGGUUUCCCCCAAAAAAAUGAAACCAGUGUUGCCAAAGUCGAAAAGUCCCCAGAAUAAAUGUAAAACCUGCGGGAAAAUUUGCUCGUCGGAGCAAAACUUGAACGUUCACAUGAAAACGCACAAGGAGUAUGUUUGUAGCACUUGUUCGGCGACUUUCGUUUCGCAGUUUAUGUUGGAGAAACACGUUAGGGAAAAUUGCGUCAAGUUCAAGGUGCCUCAAGUUACGAGGAGGUCGAUGAGGAUCAAGAAUGCCUCGAGUGCGGAGCAACUUUCGCCGAAAAGCCCCAAAAGAAGCCCUAUGAAGGGCAGGGAGAGGUUAACGAUGAGUUCACUCAAACUCAAAUGUGACAAAUGUAAUGACCAGUUUGGGACUUUUAAAGCACUAUUUAGACACAAAGUGGUGAAGCACAACAUGGAGACGCCGGAUAAGGAGGCCUUGGAGAAGGAGCAGCCUGAGGAAAAGACACACGAGGGGGUUCCUGUAGCGAAGGGUUUGCAGAAUGUGUGGACGGGUGUCAACUUAAAAUUGGAUUUUUAAGAUUAAGGCUAUGUAGAUUUGUAAAUAGGCUUCUUAUGUACAUUUAGCAUAUUGUGUAUUUUAAUAAAUUUUUCAACCGUAAA